AUCAGGAUAAAUCUUCGUGUUUUUUACUUCAACUUCGUCUUGUGAAGUGUAUUAAUUUGCAGGCAAGUCGAUUGUGAAGGCUUAAUAGUCGACUCACAGAAAAUUUCAAUUUCCCCCUCUUGAAUUUCAAUUUUUACUCUGUAUGACUUAAAGAGGAUAUUUAGUAGGCGUUUGGACAUGCGAUUUGAAAUUAGUGUUUGGACAUGCAAUUUUCAUCCAUCUCAGACAUGACGUACAAAUAACAAAACCUUUUUACCAUUCAUAGGUGUGGUGUGAUGGUUGGAAUUUCUCCAACUUUAAUUCGUAGUCUCAGCUUGAAGCCCUGGUAAUGGAGAACUUUUGGUGGGGGCGCUUUUACAAGUAUGUGGAGUGAACUUGGAUUAGUCGAGCCAGUGAGUUUUAGAUACUAAAUGUCUAAAGGAAAAAACUGUAAAAUCCUUUUCUUGCAAUCGUUCUUGUUGUAUGAAAACUCAAGGAACUAAAUAUUUUACAUGUUUUGGUAUAGCCUUGAUUGUUUACUUCAGUGUUAUAUUCUAGACUGUGCAGGGAGAGAAAUUGUAUUCAUCAUUGUUUACGUUAGUGUGGAAAAAAUGAGAAAACAAUUCUCUUGAAAAAGUCUUUUCUCAAAAUAAAAAAAAAUUGUUCAUUCAGACUGGAAUUUUUAAGUCUUGACGGUAUGGACCUGAUUUGCAGAAGAUGCAAACAAGUCUCAUUUCUUUGACAUUUGCCUUGUCAAAGAACAUUUUGCAGUGUUCAUAUUAAGUCAAUUUUUCCAUUGGCCUGAAAGUCUCCGAUUGACAUGUGAUAGCUCUUUGAGGUUGACCAAAUGCUUUUAUAAUGGACUUUGACAAUUUGGAAACUUGUGAUAGUGGACUUUGACAACUUAUUGUGCUUUGGUAAAGAUAGUAGAUCCAAAAGAAGUCUUACAGUACGAUAAUAGGAAAGCUUGGAAAACCAAAAAGAUGACCAACAGCAGAAAAAAUGUGCAACAUUCUGUUCAUGCCAUUCUUGUUAUUCUUCAUUGUUUCAAUACAGGAUUAAGCACAGAAGUAGAUAGCAUUACUAGCACUCAAUCUCUGAGAGAUCCUGGAAUUUUACUGUCCCCAGGAGGCUUCUUCAAAUUGGGAUUUUUCAGUCCUCUAAACAGCACUAAUAGGUAUGUUGGUAUUUGGUACAAUUUUUCUGAUACAGUUGUUAUUUGGGUGGCUAAUAGGGACAAACCUUUAAAAGAUUCUUCUGGGGUUGUGGAGAUAACUGGUGAUGGAAAUGUCGUCGUUACAAACCGAGAAGAGGAGAUUCUUUGGUCAUCGAAUGUUCCAACCUCUCAGGUAAACUCAGUCGCCCUUCUCCAAGAUUCCGGGAACUUUGUUCUUGUAGAUCAUCUGAACAACGAGAGCACAAUAUGGCAGAGUUUUGAACAUCCUGCUGAUUCAAUUGUCCCUAAAAUGAGAAUAAGUGAAAACACAAGGACAGGGGAGAGGGUAGAAGUAAAAUCUUGGAGAAGCCCUUGGAAUCCUAAUUUCGGAAAUUUUUCUUUAGGAAUGAACUCUCGAAUCAUUCCUCAGAUGUAUAUCUGGAAAGGCAGCCACCCCUACUGGCGAAGUGGUCAAUGGAAUGGCCAGAUCUUCAUCGGAGUGCAGGAUAUGUAUUCUGUGUCGAUUGAUGGAUUCAGUGUAGUGAAUGAUCGCGAAGGUACUGUAUAUCUUACUGGCCCUGUUGGUUUUAAUUUCUUAAUGAAAUUCAUUUUGGAUUGGAAAGGAAACCUGGUUCAAUCAUAUUGGGAUGGGAAUGAGACAAACUGGAAGAUGAUAUGGUCAGCUCCCAACAACAAUUGUGAAGUUUAUGGAACGUGUGGUCCAUUUGGGAGCUGCAAUUAUUUGGAGUCGCCCAUCUGUUCUUGUCUGAAAGGUUUCGAGCCAAAGCAUUGGGAAGAAUGGCAAAAGGGGAACUGGACUAGUGGAUGUGUUAGGAGGAGAGCUUUGCAAUGUGAAGUAAAGAAUAAAAAUAACUCGGAGGAUUCAAGUAAAGAAGACGGAUUUCAAAAGAUGGAGUUAAUGAAAUUGCCUGAUUUUGCUGAAAGUUCAUCUACUGCAGAAGACCAAUGUAGAAGCCAAUGCUUGGGAAAUUGUUCCUGCAUAGCGUAUGCAUAUGACUCAGGUAUCGGCUGUAUGUCAUGGAGUAAAAACUUGAUUGAUAUUCAGCAGUUCCAAAGCUGGGGGAAAGAUCUCUAUAUUCGCGUGGCACAUUCAGAGCUUGAUCAUCAUGAAGACAGAAAGAAAAUUAUAAUUCCAGUAAUCUUUGGUUUUCUUGCACUCUGUGUUUGUUUGUUCCUUUGCUGUACAAAGAUGACCAGACGUAGAGGAGUGAAAAGAAAGGAGGUAAUUUUACUUGGUGACAGAAAUGCAGUUCAUAUGGAAGAGUUACCAGUCUUCAACCUUGAUAUGCUUGCAAAUGCAACAUCCCAAUUCCAUGAGGAUAAUAAGCUUGGUCAGGGCGGUUUUGGUCCAGUUUAUAGGGGAAAAUUGGAAGAUGGGAAGGAAAUAGCAGUCAAACGGCUUUCAAAAGCCUCUGGACAAGGGCUGGAGGAGUUCAUGAAUGAAGUGUCGGUGAUCUCUAAAGUCCAACAUAGAAACCUUGUUAGACUCUUGGGAUGUUGUGUGGAUAAAGAAGAGACAAUGUUGAUUUAUGAAUAUAUGCCAAAGAAAAGCUUGGAUGUGUUUCUAUUUGAUGAAGGACAUCGAGGUAUUUUGGAUUGGAGGAAACGUUCCACUAUAAUUGAAGGGGUUAGUCGAGGACUCCUUUAUCUUCACAGAGAUUCAAUAUUGAAGAUAAUUCAUAGAGAUCUGAAGCCAAGUAACAUUUUGCUCGAUAAUAACUUCAAUCCAAAGAUUUCAGAUUUUGGCAUGGCUAGGAUUUUCGGAUCUGACCAAGAUCAAGCAAACACAAGGAGAGUAGUUGGUACUUACGGAUACAUGGCCCCCGAAUAUGCAAUGCAGGGAAGAUUCUCUGAGAAAUCCGAUGUUUUCAGCUUUGGAGUUUUAGUGUUAGAGAUCAUAAGUGGCCGAAAAAGUACAAGUUCUUGGAGUGAGACACCCUCUUUGAGCCUUUUGGGAUAUGCAUGGAAGUUAUGGAAAGAACAAGACUUGUCAACUUUCAUCGAUCCAUUCAUAUUGAACCCGAGCACGGAAAUGGAGAUCAGAAAAUACAUGCAGAUUGGUUUACUGUGUGUUCAAGAAUUUGCUGAAGACAGGCCAAGUAUUUCAUCUGUUCUUGUCAUGCUUACUGGUGAAACUACAAGUCUUCCAGCACCAUUACAACCUGCUUUUACAGAUAAACAUGCUAGUUUCUUCAAAAUGUGCAAUGAGAAUAGAGAAGCUAAGAGUACUUUGAACAGUAUCAGUAUCACAAAUCUUACUGGUAGAUAACAUGAGUAUACAAAAAUUACUUUUUGAAGAUUUGUACAUUUAUCACUCUACAUGAUAAUCCAUCCGUCUCAAUUUGUGUGACCCCUUUUUAAUUCUGUGAUGUUUCAAAAUGCUUGAUGCCAUUCAUUUCUUGAUUACAUGUUAAAUAUUAGUGUUUAUUCAAAUAUCGUAAUCCAUAAGGGUAAUAUGUGUUUGCAAAUAGAAUUAGGGGAAUUAUAACUACAUUGUAUUGUAGGGUACUAAUAAAUAUUUUUUCUGUUAAAACAGUAUAUUAAUGUUAUUCAUAUAAGAGUGAAUUAAGGUGUACAAUGAAUGCAAGUCACAGAAUGUAUCAUAUCUCAAGAAAGACUUUUCAUUCUUUGUACUCAAUGUUAAUUUAAGAAAGCCAAGUGAAGUUACAAGGCGGUCAGAUCAGAUUAGAAUGAAGUGUGAGCAAAUUUACAGUUCAGAUUCAAAUUCUAAGCGAGUCAAAAAAGA